AUGACAGGCGGCGGGAACCGGCGCGCCAUGGGCACCCUCCACCUGCUGCUGCUGGUGGCCGCUCUGCCCCAGGCAGCCCCGAGGGUCAGUCGGGGCUCCGCAGCCUGGACCGAGGAGAAGAAUUAUCACCAACCAGCCAGUUUGAAUUCAUCGGUUCUUCAGCAAAUUGCAGAAGGCACCAGUAUUUCUGAAAUGUGGCAAAAGGACUUACGACCGUUGCUGAUAGAACGAUACCCGGGAUCUCCUGGAAGCUACGCUGUUCGUCAGCACAUCAUGCAGCGAAUUCAGAGACUUCAGGCUGACUGGGUCGUGGAAGUAGACACCUUCUUGAGUCAGACACCCUUUGGGUACCGGUCUUUCUCAAAUAUCAUCAGCACCCUCAAUCCCACUGCUAAACGACACUUGGUCCUCGCCUGCCACUACGACUCUAAGUAUUUUCCCCAUUGGGGCAACAGAGUGUUUGUAGGAGCCACUGAUUCAGCCGUGCCAUGUGCAAUGAUGUUGGAACUUGUCCGUGCCUUAGACAAGCAACUCCUUUCCUUGAAGAAUAUUUCAGACUCCAAGCCAGAUCUCUCACUUCAGCUAAUUUUCUUUGAUGGGGAAGAGGCUUUUCUUCACUGGUCUCCUCAAGAUUCUCUGUAUGGGUCACGGCACUUAGCUCUGAAGAUGGCAUCGACCCCACACCCACCUGGAGCAAGAGGCACCAACCAACUGCAUGGCAUGGAUUUAUUGGUCUUAUUGGAUUUAAUUGGAGCUCCAAACCCAACAUUUCCCAAUUUUUUUCCAAACUCUGCCAGAUGGUUUGAUAGACUUCAAGCCAUUGAAUAUGAACUCCAUGAACUGGGUUUGCUCAAAGAUCACUCUUGGGAGAGGCAGUACUUCCAGAAUUAUGGUUAUGGAAGUAUAAUUCAGGAUGACCAUAUUCCAUUUUUAAGAAGAGGUGUUCCAAUUCUACAUCUGAUACCAUCUCCUUUUCCUGAAGUCUGGCAUACCAUGGAUGACAAUGAAGAAAAUUUGGAUGAAUCAACCAUUGACAAUCUAAACAAAAUCUUACAAGUCUUUGUGUCGGAAUAUCUUCAUUUGUAACAUUCUGAUUUAGUUUAUGGUAAUUGCUUCUAGCAUCAAAUUCAAAAGUCAAGGCAUCAUUCAACAUAAUCUGACUCCAGACAAAUGCUGUGUGAAAACUUCUAUCCUAUAGAUUCAUUCUGUAGGUGUCUUUGCAUAUGUGAUCAAUGAGUCCUAGAAUAUUUUGCCCUAAAUUGCUCAUUAAUUUUCAGCUAGAGAUUGAAAAAGGGAACGUGUAAAAAAAAAAAACCUCAGAAAAUAAAUAUCUUAAAAAAAUUCCUUUAGAUAAAAAUUAUGAAGUAAAAUCAGAUUCACUUAUUCAAUAUCAUAGUUUUCUAAACAGUAUUUAAAUGUGAUGGUGGUGUGCAAUAUGUAUUCUUAGUUUUAUGAUUUUUCAUACUUGGGAGUCUAUUACAAAUAACAUAAAACAGAUGUAGUUUGAAGGCUCUCAAGUUGCUUUGAGAAAUCUAUGUAGGGUUAAUUUCAUGGAAAUUAAAAAUCAGAAUUAAAUGACA